GAUUCGUCUUGGUUUGCAUGUUUCGAAGUAACAUUUGAAUUUAAUUGUAAUUGAAAAUGUAUAAUUAUACCGUGCAUUAAGUAAAAUGUGUGAAAACAAAGUUAAAACUCUUGAACAAUUUGUGAUUAAUGAAAAUAUUUGGAAAUCAACAACAGCCAAUACAAACGAAAAAGCAGCAGCAUGGCGACGACAACUCUUUUUGUUGGAAAAUCCUAUUCACGAAUUACCAAAUACAGAAACUUAUGAACUGUUAGAACAACACUAUACCCGGUUGGAUUCGAAUUGUCUACUCGCGCACAGGAAGCAACGUAUUGAAUCUGUGAAUUUACUUUUGAAAAAAUAUGAUAACUUGCAAAUGUCCAAAGUGCAAAAAUGUGACAAUUAUUUAUUCGAAGAUUGCGAUUUUGAACCCCCUUGUCGUGGCAUUUACGAAAGUUGUAAAAGUCUGGAAAUAACAGUCUAUGGCCUACAACAUUUAAAACAUGUUUCUAAAACCGAAGUGGAAGAAACUGACAAUGUCAGCGAUGUAGACACACGUACACUUGUAAGAAAUAAUAUGGAACAUUUUUUGCAAAGACGUAACGGACCUAAACAUUGUGGAAAUUUUGAGGCAUCAACGGCGACCACCAAUGAAAAAGCAGAGAGAGACUUCUUCAAAAGUAAAGAAACAAGUUUCUCAACAUCGGCCACUGAAGAAAUUCCGUUUCGAACUGCGCGGGAAAUGCUAAUAACAAAAAGUUGUAUGAAACAAAAUAGAGGUUACAGCAAACCUUCAUUGGAGGAAGGAAACGUAAAUAGUUCAAAAGAAGCAGGCGUGCCAGUUUAUUUCAAUUACGGUAUAACAAGAAAAAUGUUAGGUGCUCGACGAACUGUGCGGUCUGGUUUUGUCUUGCCUGUGGCGAAAGAUGGUUGUAUAGAACUAAGCCCAUCUCCACCCACCAACUGCUCACCUCCAAUCAAGUUAUCUCAAGACGUCAUAGACGAAAGAUUGAUUAACAUAGAUCCAAAAAUGGUGGAUCUAAUUAAAAGUGAAAUAAUGCACAAAUAUAAACCGAUGGAUUGGGAUGACAUCGCAGGUCUGGAUUAUGUCAAAUCCAUUAUCAAAGAAGCUGUGGUUUAUCCACUUCUUAGACCAGAUAUAUUUACAGGACUACGUCGUCCUCCACGUGGUAUUUUAUUGUUUGGGCCUCCAGGAACUGGAAAAACGCUUAUUGGCAAAUGCAUCGCUUCUCAGUCGCAGUCCACAUUUUUUAGUAUAAGUGCUUCUUCUUUAACAUCAAAAUGGGUGGGAGAAAGUGAAAAGAUGGUAAGAGCAUUAUUUGCUGUGGCUGCUGUACAUCAACCAUCGGUGGUGUUUAUUGAUGAAGUUGAUUCACUUUUAUCUAAACGCUCUGAAUCUGAACACGAUAGCUCUCGAAAAUUGAAAAAUGAAUUCUUAGUGCAGUUAGAUGGUGCUUCCACAAGUGAGGAGGAUCGUGUGCUCGUUGUCGGCGCUACUAACAGACCACAAGAGUUAGAUGAUGCCGCACGCAGGCGGUUUGCAAGGAGAUUAUACAUACCGCUUCCAGAAAUAAAAGCACGAAUCCAAAUUCUUAAAAACUUGCUGGGAACUGUCACUAACGAUUUGGAUGAAAGCAAUAUAGAGGAGAUUGGGCAUCAAACUUCUGGUUACUCCGGCGCAGAUAUGGAUAUCCUUUGCCGCGAGGCAUCUAUGGAACCUUUGCGUGUAAUACCUGCUGAACAAAUUCCACACAUAACAAAAGAUAAGGUAAGACCAGUAAAUGUAGACGAUUUUAAAUCUGCGGUCCACAGCGUUCGACCGAGUGUUUCAAGAGUUGAUUUAGCUCAAUAUAUUGAAUGGAACAGGGAAUAUGGCGCUUUACAGCAAUUAAAAUAGGAAAAUAAUUCGAUUUCUAAUUAAUUCAGUUAAGCUGUUGUUAUGAAUCUUAAUUUACAACUAGUACGUUCUUAAAUGUUUUAUACUUUCCAAGUAAUACAAGAAGUUUAUUUUAUAAAAAAUAAUUGACUUGAAUAAAUUAUACAUACUAUAUGUUA